CCGGAAGUUUAUUCGAGGGCGGAGACGAGGGCACAUUCCUUUAUUGGGAGAAAAUGGCGUCUCCAAAAACAGUGCCGAAGGAUGCUCAGGUAAUGAUCCAGAUCCUGAAAGAUAUGGGCAUCACUGAGUAUGAACCAAGAGUGAUCAAUCAGAUGCUUGAGUUCACCUACAGGUAUGUAACAACCAUAAUUGAAGAUGCCAAAAUCUAUGCAACCCAUGCCAAGAAGUCCAGCGUGGACGCUGAUGAUAUCAGACUAGCGAUCCAGUGCAGGAUGGAUCAGUCCUUCACCUCCCCACCGCCUCGAGAUUUCCUGCUGGAGGUGGCCAGACAGAAGAACAUGAUGCCCCUGCCGCUGAUCAAGCCCUAUACUGGACCCCGGCUUCCUCCAGACCGCUACUGCUUAACCGCACCCAACUACCGCCUGAAAUCCAUCCAGAAGAAGGUGUCGUCCUCCGCAGGUAGGAUCACAGUUCCGCGCCUGAGCGUCGGAGCCGUGUCCAGCCGCCCGACCACGCCCACCCUCGGCACCCCGUCUGUCCAGACGGUCUCCACCAAAGUGGGGACGCCGGUGUCCCUGACCGGCCAGCGGUUCACCGUUCAGAUCCCGUCCUCCCAGGCUUCCUCCGCCAAGUCAGCUACGCCAUCCACCCCAACAGUUCAGAACGUUCUCAUCAACCCCUCAUUGAUUGGCUCCAAGAACAUUCUCAUCACGACUAACAUGGUUUCCCAGAGUUCUGCUGGUGACUCCAGCUCCCUGAAGAGGAAGCACGAAGAGGAUGAUGACUAUGAUGCAUUAUGACCUCACUAAUGUCUUUUAAACAAGCUAUUUUCAGCCUGUUGAAGAACAAGGGUAAAGUGUAAAUAUAGUAGAUGUUUGAAUUGAAAAUUGUUUCCUUUGUUUUCACUGUGGAAAAUGACCCAUAAGGCUGUAAUGUGAAAAUUGCUAAUUUUGUCUAUAAAAAUAAAACAGUACAAUCUAC